AUGGGAGAAGACAACACCACAGCUCUCAAACGCAGCAACAGUAUCCCAUCCGCGGUUCUACUCCCUUAUCGCAAACACAAAACCGCUCCUCCCAUCGUCAACGGAAACCACCGAUCACCGCCUUCAUCAUCUCCGCCAACAGCUUUCCCCUGCGUCGAUUUCGAUGUAUCAACACUCAAGCAACCGCCGCACAGUUCUUACACUUCGCUUAAAGAUAUGAUUCCUUCAAGUCCUUCAUCAAUUCUCUCUCCUACUCCCGCGGCUACUCUCGCCGGUAUUUCAUCGUCAUCUUCGGGUUCUGGUUACGAGAUUUCUAUUCGUAAUCGGUUAGUUAAACAAGCUGCUUGGGCGUACCUUCAACCUGCUGUUUUGACCUCUCCGUCGUCUUCUUCUCGUCGUCUUUGUUUAUCCGUCGAUUUUUUUACGGCGAUGGUUUCUGAUUUCCGACGAACUGUUUCUGACGCAUUGACUCGUGUGUAUGAUUGGUUGGUGGAUACUCUUUGGCUCAUUCUCUGCAGAUAACGAUGGAUUGUUUUUUCUUUUUUUUUCUAAUAGAGGAAAAAAAGGCAAAUUUGUGGUGAAUAUUAAAUUUUACAUUACAUAAUUUGUGAGAUUGAAAUAAAAUAAAAUUAAAAAAAGUUGUGUGCUUUUGGAAUUUUGUCACAUUUUGUACAGUACAAAAAUGGUGUUUUUUUUUUGUUGUUUGUUGGAGUAAUUAUUGAAUGGAUUUGGAUCGCCUGAAUUUUAAACGGGUUGAUUUCA